AUGAUUCGCGAGGGUCAAGGGGCGCCUGCCGCUCCCCUGGCGGCUCCGAGCGACUCGGAGAGGGGCUCGUCCUGGCCCGCGGCCCGCCCGCCGGCCCCGUUCUUGGCUCCGGGGUUCCGGGGAUCCCCGGGUUCCCCGGCGCCUCGGCGGGGCGCUGUCCGCGAGAGCUUCCCGCAGAAGCUGGCCGAGGCCCUGAGCAGCCAGUACGCGCUGAACGUGUUCGUGGCGGGGCUGCUGUUCUUGUUGGCCUGGGCCGUGCACGCCUCGGGCGUGGGUAAGAGGGACCUGCUGUGCCUCCUCACGGCGCUCAUGCUGCUGCAGCUGCUCUGGAUGCUGUGGUAUGUGCGCCGCAGCUCCGCGCACCGCCGCCUCAUCCGCCUCAAGGACACGUACGCCGGCGCGCGCUGGCUUCGCGGUAGUAUCACAUUGUUCGCACUCAUUACCGUCAUCCUGGGAUGCCUUAAAAUUGGGUACUUCAUUGGAUUUUCUGAAUGUCUGUCAGCCACUGAAGGAGUUUUCCCUGUCACCCAUGCGGUGCACACUCUGCUGCAGGUAUACUUUCUUUGGGGGCACUCAAAGGAUAUCAUCCAGUCUUUCAAAACACUGGAAAGGUUCGGGGUGAUCCACUCAGUGUUCACCAACCUGCUUCUGUGGGCUAACAGCGUCCUGAAUGAGUCAAAGCACCAACUUAACGAACACAAGGAACGACUCAUCACCCUGGGCUUUGGGAACAUAACUAUAGUUUUAGAUGACCACACACCUCCGUGUAACUGCACACCCCCAACCCUCUGCCCGGCCAUCUCCCACGGGAUGUACUACCUCUAUCCUUUCAACAUAGAGUAUCAGAUCCUGGCCUCCACGAUGCUCUACGUCCUGUGGAAAAACAUCGGGCGCAAAGUCGACAGUCACCAGCAUCGGAAGAUGCAGUUCAGGUCGCGCGGGGUCCUGCUGGGCUCGGUCCUGGGCCUGACCGCGCUGGCCACCACCAUCGGGGUCGUGGUGGUGUAUCUGAUCCAGAUCGGCCGUUCCAAAACCAAGAGCGAGGCGGCACUCAUCAUGUUCUACCUGUAUGCCAUCAUCUUGCUGAUGCUUAUGGGGGCGGCAGGGCUGGUUGGGAUCCGGAUUUAUAGGCUAGAUGAGCAGUCACUAGAUGAGUCCAAAAACCCGGCCCGCAAACUGGAUGCGGACCUGCUGGUGGUCACCGCCUCUGGCUCCUGGUUCAUCUCCUGGGGUUCCAUCCUGGCCAUCCUUUGCGCUGAGUCCCGCCCCCCAUACACCUGGUACAACCUGCCCUAUUCCAUCCUGGCAGUUGUCGAGAAAUACAUCCAGAACCUCUUCAUCAUCGAGUCUAUUCACCGAGAGCCAGGGAGGCUCUCCGAAGACAUUAGAACCCUGCGGGUGGUCACAGUCUACAAUGGCAAUCCCACGUCUCUCCCUUCUUCCUGCCUUAAGAACGGACCUACGGCUGGGGACAUGGCUCCCCAGGCCCUUGAGAUGCCACCUGCGGCCAAUGGAAAUACAUGUCUGAGAGAAGUCGGUGGCAAAGACAAGGAGGAUAAGAGCUGGGAAAGGGCCCAGGGCUCAGCCUGCCACCCCUGUUUCCUGCAGGGCAAUGCCCAGAGAAGAGUCUUGAGGAAUAUUGCAGCUUUUUUGUUCCUCUGCAAUAUUUCGCUCUGGAUCCCUCCUGCCUUUGGCUGCCGCCCUGAGUACGACAACGGAUUGGAGGAAACUGUCUUUGGCUUUGAACCCUGGAUAAUUGUGGUCAACCUGGCCAUGCCCUUUUCUAUUUUCUACCGAAUGCACGCAGCUGCCUCCCUCUUCGAGGUCUAUUGUAAGAUAUAA